AUGCUACUGCCCACAGCAGCUGAACAGCCUUUCCAGCUCAGCAGUAUAAAGGCCUGCAUUGCUGUCGUCUGCAUGUGUGCAGUGCUGGCAGACUGGACACCUGGUGAGGCUGUACCUGUAGUACUGCAUCGAGUUCUCAGUACAAGAAAGGGGACACCGCAGAAGGAUGUUCUAUUAAAAUCUGAUGCCCCAAGCACACUGCUUUCGGAGAAACAUGCGGACUAUAUAGCUUCAUAUGGAACAAAGAAAGAUGAUUAUGAAUACUGUAUGUCGGAAUAUUUGAGGAUGAGUGGUGUUUACUGGGGGCUGACAGCAAUGGAUCUCAUGGGGCAGCUGCACCGAAUGAACAAAGAAGAAAUUCUGGCAUUCAUCAAAUCUUGUCAACAUGAAUGUGGUGGAAUAAGUGCCAGCAUAGGUCAUGAUCCUCAUCUUCUGUAUACCCUCAGUGCUGUCCAGAUUCUUAUCUUAUAUGAUAGUCUCCAUGUUGUUGAUGUAAAUAAAAUUGUUGAAUAUAUACAGAACUUGCAAAAAGAAGAUGGAUCAUUUGCUGGAGACAGAUGGGGAGAAAUAGAUACAAGGUUCUCCUUCUGUGCUGCAGCAACUCUUGCGCUUCUGGGAAAGCUGGAUGCUAUUGAUGUGGGGAAAGCAGUAGAAUUCGUUUUGUCCUGUAUGAACUUUGAUGGAGGAUUUGGUUGUAGACCAGGUUCCGAAUCACAUGCAGGACAGAUCUAUUGUUGCACAGGAUUUCUGGCUAUAACAGACCAAUUGCAUCAAAUAAAUGUUGACUUGCUGGGUUGGUGGCUUUGUGAACGUCAGUUACCAUCUGGAGGUCUCAAUGGACGACCAGAGAAGUUACCUGAUGUAUGUUAUUCGUGGUGGGUGCUAGCAUCUUUGAAGAUGAUUGGUAGGUUACAUUGGAUUGACAGAGAGAAACUGCGCUGCUUUAUUUUGGCUUGCCAGGAUGAAGAGACUGGAGGAUUUGCUGACAGACCAGGAGAUAUGGUGGAUCCAUUUCACACCUUAUUUGGAAUUGCUGGACUAUCUUUAUUAGGAGAAGAGCAAAUUAAGGCCGUCAAUCCUGUCUUUUGUAUGCCAGAAGAUGUCCUUCGAAGAAUAAAUGUACAGCCUGAGCUUGUGAGCUAA